AUGUUAAAAUUAGUUAGCAUAUUGCUGCUGACAUUGUUGUUAGUGAAAUCAACGGAAAUUCAUGGAACCAUCAAUGUGAAAGUUAUAUUACCGAAUUAAAUUUCCGCAUAAGAAUCGAGUGGGGAACUUGAUAAAGCAUAUAGAUAGAAUGAAUUACGAGAGAAUUCUGUAAUGAAGGAUAUUGCUAUAAGUUUUCUUGAAACAGGUAGGUCUGUUGAAGUGAACGAAGUAAAGGAUAAAUCCAUUGAAAUUUGGUCACAAAAAUCAUUGGAAAUAGAAUAGCAACCACUAAUCAAAGCAGAAUAGACAAAUGAAAAUGCAAAAACUAUUGAAGUCUAAUCUGAUUAAGUAAAUAAGGAAUCAGGAAGCUAAUAAAAGAAAUUAUCCAUUAAAGUACAAAAAAAGGAAAAUAAAUCAGUUGAGUAAUCAACUAGUGAUGUUAUUGCCAAUCCAAAUAAUAAUGUUGAAGCAAAAGACAAUACAAACUAAUCUGAUAAAUAAAAAGAAGCUUCAAUAUAGUAAAAGAAAUUUUCAGUUUCUGUAAGCAAAAAGCAAAAAUCAGAAGAGUAGAAUGCUAGCCAAUAGUAAUAAGAAGUUUAGAAUGAAUAACUCUAAAAUGAGAAUAAAGAAAAAGUCCAAGAAGAGAUUUAAUAAAAUACUUAAACAGCAAAUACAGAAGCUGAAGUAUUAUCUAAAGACAGUACUUAAUAAUAAGAUGCAUCUGCUAAUAAUUAGGAGGUUGAGAAUACUUAAACUGAAUCUAAGAAUAUAGAAGCAACUAAAUAAGUGGAAUCUAGUAGUUCAUCUUAAGAAAUUAAGGUUGAUGAUUAAUUGGAAUAGAAUAAUGAUUAAAACUAAGUUAAAACUGAAAUCGACAAUCAAAAAGAAACUUAAGCUGACACUGCAAGUGAAUCAAUUUAAGAAUAACAAAAUUAAAUUCCAGCAUAAUAAAAUGAAACGGAAUAACAAUAAAAGGAGAAUGUUGUGUAAAAGGAAUCUUCUGAAGUAGAAACUUAAUAAUAAUAAGAAUUGAAUACUUUAUAAGAUAAAAACAUUAAUAAAAUAUCUGUUGAGAGCAAAAAAGAUGAAAUUGAAUAGUUGGCAAAAGAUGAUGUUUAAAAUGAGGUUGUGAUUCAGGAUAUUAAAAUAGAAACUUAACCAAUUCAAUAAGUAGAUGACAAGUAAUAAUAAGCAGAUACUAAUAAAGUUGAUGAUUCAGAAAUCUUAAUCAAAUCAGAUGAAGAGAUCAAAGUUGAUCCAGUAGCAUCAGAUUCUAAAGAUUAAGGAGAAAAAGAAGAUUCUGCUGAGGAAGUUGAGGAGGAACAUUCAAAUAAUACAGAAACUAAAUAAAAUUAAGAUGAUAAAGGAUAAGCACCUGAUAAUUAGGAUGAUUAACAUGAUCAACCAAUUGAAGAAAAUACCUAAUGUGAUGGGGAAGAGUUAGAUACUGUACAUGCAUAAGAAAGUUAAAAGGAAGCUUAAGUGAAAGCAGAAACUUAAAAUACAAUUGAAUAAAAAUAAGCAGAAGAUGUUAAAUAAGAAGAAGUAGUUAAUUAAUAAGAGGUAGUUUAAUAAUAAGAAGAUAUCAAAUAAGAAGGAGUAGUUUAAUAAUAAUAAUAAGAUGUAUAAUAAUAAGAGAUUAAAAAAUAGUAAGAUGUAAAAUAAUAAAAAUAAGAGAUCAAAUAAUAAUAAAAUGCCAAUUAAGAGAAAAAUAAGGAUACUGAUAAAUAAAAGUAGGCUGAAGCACCUGAUUUCAUAGUCAAAAAGAAAUAAUUGACUAAGAAAAUGAAGGAAGUUAUUAAUGAUAUGAAAUAAUCAGACAAAGCUCCUUAAAACAAAUUGUACAGUUUGAAUGUUUCAAAUUUAGAUCCUGAUGAUGUGAUUGUCAUAAAAGACACUGCCUACUUUGACACAGAUGCUGAAAUAACAGUUUAAGAAACAAUUAAUCCAGAAUAAUAAUUAAUUGGAGAAGUUGUAAAGGUUUAAGCUGAAAUUGAGAAAGUUGAUCUGAGCAUAUUCGCUGAUGAUAGUUCUGAUUUAGUUCCAAUUAUUGUUGAAGACACAGACAAUUAUGUCUAAUCUGAAAUUAUCACUGAUGCAAUCAAGGAUGUCACUGAGAAGGAAAUUGAAAUAAUGGAAGAGGAUAAGAAUUUAGGAGAAGCUGAUGUUGAUGUUUAAUCCUUGAUUUCUGAUUAAGUAGAAAUCAAUGCUAAUUAAAUCACUAAGAAUAUUUAGGAUGACUAUACUUUGGAUUAUGAUUAAAUGGAGACUGAUGUUAUUUAAAAUAAUAGUUUAAAUAAUGAUGGAACUAAUUUCGAUUAAUUCCAAUCCUAAUUAGAUGAAUUAGCAAAGGAACUUGAUAAUCUUAGUUUGGAAUAACCAUCAUAACCUACUUUGGAAGAACCAUCUUAACCUGCUUUGGAAUAACCAUCUUAACUUACUUUUGAAGAACCUAAGGUUAUUGACACACAACAGACUGAGGUUGCAAAAGAAGAUCAACAAUACUUAACCAUUGUUACCAAUAAUGACUCUACAAUUACCAACACUGCUUCUGAUGAUGAUUAUUAUUUGGAUGAUUUAGAUAAUGAGUUAGAUUAAAUUAUUUAAUAAUAGACAAAUGUCUAAUAGGAACCUGCAAUUUAAGAAUAGGUAGUUUAAUAAAGCAAUGAUAUUGAAUAGAAAGAUGAGGUGACAUAAAGCUAAGAAGUUUAAUAAAAUGAUUAAGUUGAUGAAUUAAAUAAUUAGGAUGAAUAAUAAACUAUUCAAAUUAAUGAUGAAAGUAAGUCUAAUCAAAAUCUUGAUGUUGAUGAAAAUCUUAACAAUUAUGAUGAUUAUUAUCAAAUGGAUAAUUCAAAUGAAUAAGAUGUUCAAUCAGAUGUAUAAUAAGAAUAAACUGAAAAAUAAGAAAUUCAAUAAGAUGAUGUUUAAUAAGUAGAAUAAGAAUUAGAAAACGAAGAGAUAUACGAAAGUUAAGUUUAAUCCAAUGAAGAGGCUGUUGUUAGUGAUGGAGUAAUGGUCUACACUGGUGAUUCUAAUGUUAAUGAUCAGGAAUCUGAUAUUAAUAAGGAUUAUGAUCUCUCAUUUGAAGAUUCAAAUUCAUAGGAAAAUACAAACUAAGAUGAUUCAAGUAAAAAGUAGGAUGCAAGCAUUACAUAAGAUCAAUAAACUUAAAAUGUUGAAGCAAAUUAAGAAAUUAAAACAUAAGUAAAUGUAGAUAAACCAGAUUAAUAAUAAGAGGUAGUCUAAAAUCAAGUGGUUGAGUAGUCAGAUAAUUAAGUAACUGAAAAUAAGGUAGAUGUUAAUUAAUAAGAGAAUUAGGUAAGUGUUGAUUAGUCUAAUUCUGAUGAACCUUAAAAAUAACUAGAAUCUUAAUAAGAGAGUGUAUCAGUAUCAAAAGAAGAAACCGAGGCUUAAUCUAACGUCUCUACUUAAUAACCAGAACAACAGGCCUAAUAAUAAAUAGAAGAAUAAGUUGAUGAAUAAGAAAAUGAAAUUACUUUAGAAAAUGCAGCUGCUUCUGAGGAAAUCAAAUCUGAAGAUCUACCUAAGGUUGAGAUCAAGAAGAAGUAAUUGUUGAAAAAGAAUAUUACUAUAAAAGAAGAAGCUGAUAACACUAUUACUAAUGAAGACAUCAAUGGAGAAGGAACUGUUCAAGAGGAUAAUAUUGAGGUUUUCUAUAAUGAUUCUUAAAUACCUUAAGCUGAAACAGAUGAAAACUUAGACGUUAAAUCUGAACCAGAAGUUAUUGAGAAUCUUGAAGACUUAAAAGAUUGCAUUGAAAAUGAUGAGGAUGAGCAUACUGUUGAAAAUAAGGAUGAGGUUGCAUAGGAGAAGAACGAGAAAAAAGAAAAGCACUCCAUAAAAGUGAGUAGGGAACAGAUACCAUAAAAUAAGUAGUAGGAUAAAUCUUUGAAAAUUGAGUAAAAUGAAAAAUAAACUAAAUUUGAAGAAUAAUUACAUCAGUAGAUUAUCAACAAAAAGUAAAAAGAGAAAUAAUAGUUGAGUAAUGAGGAGUAAUUUGAUUAGAUUGUGAAUGAAUUAGUUCAUGAAUUAGAAGCUACAACCAAUAAAAGAGUUGAAACUAGAGAACAAGAAUAAUAAAUUUAUUAGGAUAUUAAAAAGAAUGUGGAAGAACUUAGAUAGAUUCACAAUAGUGAUGAUGUCAUAGUUAAAAAGAGAGUAGAUGUAGUUGAACAAGAUGUAGAUGCAGUUAAUGAUGAAAAAAAUAAGGAGAAGGAAUUCCAAUAGAAAAUUGAAGAACUAUUGCGAACAUAAUAAGCUUAAGCUGCAUCAAAGAACAAAAUUAAUGAUGGUGAAAGGUAUUAUUUGGAUAAGCCUGUUAAUUAAGCAGUUAGUGAUUAUGAAAAAGAAUUGAACUAAAGAAAAUAGGAAGUUAUGGAGAAAAUUAAGAAUGAUUUGUAAAUCAAGAAGGGUAGAUUCUCAUAGGAUAACUAGAAAUCAGAUAAUUUAUCUCCUUAUGAAUUCGAAAGAAUCUACUUGGAUUGGACCCAAAAUAAAAAUGAUAUUAUAUCUAGUAUGUUGUCUCAUGCAUCAGGUUCAGAAGUGUAAUUGGAAUCAUCAAUCUCAGAAGAACCAGUAGCCAAAGUUGAAAGAGUGUCUAAAAAGCAAGAAGUUGAAUAAGAAAUCCAAGAAUUGUUCUCAAAUUAUAAACCAAAUAAACAAUAAAUAAAGAAAAACGGAGAUUCAUACGAAACAAGUUUUUUGGCAGUCAAUCAACAAGUCAAGAAAUCUAAGAAUUUGCGAGGAAAUAAAAAAUGA